AUGUCGACUCCGCUCGCAGACGUCUGGGAGGCUGCCGCCGCCUCGCCCUUCCAGCCCGCAAUCGGAAAGAACAGCCAGUUCACGCUCGGCUUCGCGCUGCUGUUCGCUUCGCUGCUCUUGACCGGCUUCUUCGGCCUCAAUCGCUCGCUCGCCAACCUGCCCCUCGUCGGCGCACCCGCCUCGAUAGCGUUUGGGUUCGGCGCAGUGUACAUGAUCUGCGCAGUCGGUGUCUACGUUUAG